AUGGCUCCGGUGCCACAGCAGGCCUCGCAGGCCGCACACCAGGCCUCGCAGCAGGCCGCCCAGGCCGCCUCGCGCGCACAGACGACGGCCGAGAACACAGCUAACAAGCUGCAGCGGUGGGUGCAGGAAAACCGCAACCUCGUCAUCGCCCUGGCAACGGGCACCCUCGUCGCCGGAGGCUACUUCCUCUACUCUCGCAGCUCCACUGCCAGCAGCAAGAAGAAGAGCAUCCCCGGCGCCCACGACGACGACGAAGACGACGACGAAAAGGCCUCGGCCUCGACCUCGUCGGGCGCCGCCGGUGCCGCCAAGAAGAAGAAGAAGAAGAGCUCCAAGAAGAAGGGUGGCGCCGCUGGUGGCGCCGGUGCGGCCGGCGAUGCUUCGGCGAGUGGCAACGCCGGGACAAGAUCUGAAGGCCUGCCCUCGGACCCCAGCGGUCCGCUGCUCGACGAGGCGACCGACGAGCAGCUCGCCGGCCUCUCCGAGUCCGAGAUUCUCCGGCUGCCCGAGGAGCGAAGAAAGUCGCUCGCCCAGCACCUCAAGUCGCUCGGCAACAAGGCCUACUCGAACCGGCAGUUCGAAAAGGCCAUCGAGCAUUACACCAAGGCCAUCGCUGCCCACCCCAUGGCCGUCUUUUACUCGAACCGCGCCGCGUGCUACUCGAACCUUUCCAAGCCCGAGCUUGUGGUGCCCGACUGCGACGAGGCGCUGCGUAUGGACAAGACCUACGUCAAGGCGCUCAACCGCAGGGCGGUGGCGCGCGAGCAGCUUGGCAGCCCCGCCGCCGACGCCGCCUCGGCCGAGGGGCUGGGCGAGGAAAAGGCCGAGCUGCUGUUCCAGUCGCUCGCCGACUUCACCGCCGUCGCCAUCCUCGGCCAGUUCAAGGACGCCUCGGCCACCGAGAGCGUCGAGCGCGUGCUGCGGAAACUCGCCACGGGCAAGGCCCAUGACAUUCUGCGCACCCGCGAGCCCAAGCUGCCCUCGCCCACGUUCGUCACGGCCUACCUCGAGGCGUUCCGGCGCAAGGACGUGCCGACGCUGCCCGAGAACCCGUCGCAGGGCGACCAGACGCUCGUCAAGGCCUACGAGGCGCUCGACGCCAAAAACUACCCGCACGCGCUGAGCCUCUUCAACGAGGCCAUCGAGCAGGGCCUCAGCAACGAGGAUCUCGAGGCCAACGCGUACAACAUGCGCGGCACCUUCCGAUUCGUCAUUGGCAACGCCAAGGAGGCGCUGUCGGACCUGGAGCGCUCCACCAGCCUGCGGCCCGACUAUGUCCAGUCGUGGGUCAAGAAGGCCAGCGUGCACAUGGAGCUGUCGGACAAGGAGGCGGCGUUCGAGGACUUUGACCGCGCCAUCCAGGCCAACUCGGACGACCCGGACAUCUACUACCACCGCGGCCAGGUCAACUUUAUCCUGGGCGAGUUUGACGCGGCCAUCAAGGACUACGAGAAGUCGACGUCGCUCGACGACACCUUUAUCUUUUCGCAGGUGCAGUACGCCGUGGCGCAGUACAAGAACGGCAACAUUGGCCACUCGACGGCGUCGUUCCGCAAGCUGCUGCGCACGUUCGAGGGCUCGUCGGAGGCGUACAACUACUACGGCGAGCUGCUCCUCGACCAGCAGAAGUUUGAGGAGGCCAUGGACAAGUUUGACCGCGCCAUUGAGAUCGAGGCGGCCAAGGAGGGGAGCACCAACGUGCUGCCCAUGAUCAACAAGGCGCUCGCCCUCUUCCAGUGGAAGCAGGACAUGGCGGCCGCCGAGGACCUGUGCCGCCGCGCGCUCGACAAGGACGAGGACUGCGACGUGGCCGUCGCCACCCUCGCGCAGCUCAGCCUGCAGCAGGGCAAGAUCCAGGACGCCAUCAAGUACUUUGAGAGGAGUGCAAAGAUUGCCCGAACCGAGCCCGAGCUCAUCAACGCCAUCACCUACGAGAACGCAUCACGGGCGCAGCUCAAGUUCAUCCAGGACUUCCCGGAACAGGGUGCGGCUCUGGGCCAGAUGGCGGGCGCCAUGAUGUGA